AUGUCCUCCAGCCCGCAGCGGGGCAUCUCUCGGGUCCUCCCUCAGGUCAUGAUCCCAAGUUGCCAGGGUAGCGACGAACCUCGGGGGCGGCUUUCGCCCGAGAAGACGAGCACAGCCGGGACCCGCGUCCUCUUGGGGAUGGAAGCCAAGGGUCCAAGAUUGACCAUUGAGUGGAUGCUAGGGAGUCAGGCGAUGAUUGUCGCCAGGAACAGCAAGGUUGUGCCGUACGGCGUGAGAUCGGCUCCCGCAAAGUCUCGAGACAAGCUGGAGUCUAUGGAGAGAUUCUUGCGUCCCGCCCCCGCAUCGCUUGUCGAAUAUGCCGAUGGGGAAACCGACGGAUCCCGGCUCCCGAGCUCUGAUUUCUUUAGUGUUGGUGUUCCCCACACUCCGAUCCCCUCCUCUUCAUCGAACCGUUCAACGGCCCAAGCAUCCCCAAAUUGGCCGGUUCUGCGCGAUCACAAGAUACUAGUCUGGAUGGUUGACGUUGCAUGGGAGUGGAGAAGAUAG